CAGAAUCCAGAAAUAGUUGCUCUUCGGGGUGGUCUAAGUACCAUUUUGAAGAAUGUGAUUGAUUGCCAGUUAAGUCGCAUAAAUGAAGCUCUUAUAACAACUGUCUUGCAUCUUCUGAAUCAUCCAAAGACUCGGCAGUAUGUGCGAGCGGAUGUCGAAUUAGAGAGGAUUUUAGCUCCAUACACUGACUUUCACUACAGGCACAAUCCAGACACUGCAGAGGGACAGCUUAAAGAAGACAGAGAAGCCCGGCUGUCCGCAAGCAAAAUGGGAAUUGUAGCGGCAUUUCGAUCAUGGGCAGGCAUUAUCAGUUUGUGCAAACCUGGGAAUUCUGGGAUCCAGUCUCUUAUCGGUGUGCUGUGCAUACCUAACAUGGAAAUCCGGCGGGGCCUACUUGAAGUUCUUUAUGACAUAUUUCGCCUUCCUCUUCCCGUUGUGACAGAAGAAUUUAUAGAAGCACUUCUCAGUGUCGAUCCAAGUCGCUUUCAAGACAGUUGGAGGCUUUCUGAUGGUUUUGUAGUUGCAGAAGCUAAAAUUAUAUUACCUCACCGAGCCAGAUCCAGACCUGACCUCAUGGAUAAUUACUUGGCACUUGUUCUUUCUGCUUUCAUUACAAACGGACUCUUAGAAGGCCUGGUUGAAGUGAUCACAAGCAGCGAUGACCACAUAUCUGUCAGAGCCGCCAUCUUACUGGGUGAACUUUUACAUAUGGCUCAUUCUCUCCUACACAGCAGCUACUUGCAUUGCCUACCGACGUUAAUGAACUUGGCAGCUUCUUUUGACAUUGAAAAGGAGAAAAGACUACGAGCCAGUGCCGCACUUAAUUGUUUAAAACGCUUUCAUGAAAUGAAAAAACGAGGACCUAAGCCGUACAGCCUUCAUCUGGAUCACAUUGUUCAGAAAGCCAUGGCAACGCAUGAGAAAAGGGAUCAAUAUCGUGUGCAAAAGGAUAUCUUUAUUUUAAAGGACACAGAAGAAGCACUGGCAACAAACCUUAGAGAUAGCCAAGUUCUUCUUCACAAAGAUAACCUUGCAUGGGACUGGAACCUGAUAGGGACCAUCCUUAAGUGGCCAAAUGUAAAUCUAAGGAACUAUAAAGAUGAACAGUUGCACAGAUUUGUACGACGACUGCUGUAUUUUUACAAGCCAAGUAGCAAAUUGUAUGCCAACCUGGAACUGGAUUUUGCAAAGUCAAAACAACUCACUGUUGUAGGUUGUCAAUUUACUGAAUUUCUUCUUGAAUCUGAAGAGGAUGGUCAAGGCUACCUUGAGGAAUUAGUAAAAGAUAUUGUGCAGUGGCUCAAUUCUUCCUCUGGAAUGAAACCGGAACGCAGCCUCCAAAACAAUGGGCUACUUAACACUCUCAGUCAGCACUACUUCUUAUUUUUUGGUACACUCUCCUGCCACCCCCAUGGAGUGAAAAUGCUUGAAAAGUGUAACGUAUUUCAGUGUCUCCUUAAUCUUUGCUCUUUGAAGAACCAAGAUCACUUACUAAAACUGACGGUAUCUAGUUUGGAUUACAGCAGAGAUGGACUGGCCAGGGUCAUCCUUUCUAAAAUCCUAACAGCAGCGGCUGACAGCUGCAGACUGUAUGCCACAAAACAUUUAAGGGUACUGCUGAGAGCCAAUGUAGAGUUCUUCAGCAACUGGGGAAUUGAAUUACUAGUCACUCAGCUGCAUGACAAAAACAAAGCUAUUUCCUCUGAAGCGCUUGAUAUUCUUGAUGAGGCAUGUGAAGACAAGGCAAACCUUCAUGCCCUCAUCCAAAUGAAACCAGCACUGUCUCAUCUUGGGGACAAGGGCUUGCUUCUGCUGUUAAGAUUUCUGUCCAUUCCAAAAGGUUUUUCCUAUCUCAAUGAGCGAGGAUAUGUGACAAAACAAAUGGAAAAAUGGCAGAAGGAAUACAAUUUAAAAUACGUUGAGUUGAUAGAGGAGCAACUUAAUGAAGCACUUACCACUUACCGCAAACCUGUUGAUGGUGAUAAUUAUGUUCGUCGCAGCAACCAAAGAUUACAACGACCGCAUGUCUAUCUUCCAGUUCACCUUUAUGGUCAACUGGUGCAUCACAAAACAGGCUGCCAUUUGUUGGAAGCUCAGAGUAUUGUUCCUGACUUGAGUUACACUGUUCGUUCCCCUCUGCUGGAUAAAUGGGAAGGAAUUAAGCAACUGAAGGCUGCUCUCUGGGCACUGGGCAAUAUUGGGUCAUCGAAUUGGGGUCUGAAUUUGCUUCAAGAAGAAAAUGUGAUUCCUGACAUAUUGGCCCUUGCCCAACAUUGUGAAGUCUUGUCUAUUAGAGGGACCUGUGUCUACGUGCUGGGCCUAAUAGCUAAAACAAAGCAAGGCUGUGACAUUUUGAAGCAUCAGAAUUGGGAUGCGGUCAGACACAGCCGUCGACACCCUUGGCCGGUGGUCCCUGACGACAUGGAACAACUCUGCAAUGAGCUUUCCUCUAUUCCCAGCACGCUGAGCUUGAACUCCGAAUCUACCAGUUCAAGGCACAACAGUGAAAGUGAAUCUGCACCAUCAAGUAUGUUUAUUUUAGAAGACGACAGGAUUGGUAGCACCUCUACUAGUACUUUCUUCUUAGACAUAUCAGAAGACGGAGAGCAAAAUGCCUACGACCGAACUGGUGUGUUAAAGGAUAAGGAUCGCAGUCCCUUCCCCUUCUUUGUCUCCAGCAGACUCGUGAAGAACCGCUUCUUAAAUUCCCUGACCCUGCCUAAUAAAAAGCAUCGGAGCAGCAGCGACCCUAAAGGAGGCAAGCUGCUGGACAGCAAGCUGGGCUUGAGGCGGAAUCGUACCGUCACCGAGCCUUCCGGCAGCAUGGAUUUCACUCAGGGGGAUGACUUUACCCCUAUAUUCCGGGUGCCGAAAAUCCACACUCUAAAACUAGAGACUUCCUUUGUGGGGGGCAAGCACAACGAAGAUGCGGACGGCACCCCGAGCAUUGGCGAAAACGACCUGAAGCUUCCGAAAAGCCUUUGCCACGAAAACCACCGAGAAAACACCAGCCGAGAGAGGCUGAUGGGAGAGGUUUCUACCCAGACUCAUUUCAAGAGCCGCAGCUUGAGCUUCAACACCGACACCACCACGAGCGGGAUCAGCUCCAUGAGCUCGAGCCCUUCCCGGGAGACAGUGGGAGUGGACGCCACAAACAUAGACACGGACUGUGGGAGCCUAAGCACUGUGGUGAGUACCAAGACCGUGAAGAUGCUCCAUUGUUCAACCCCGCAGUCUAACCACCUGCCUCUCUCGAAAUCAAACUCUGUCUCCCUGGUACCGCCGGGCUCCUCGCACACCCUUCCUCGGAGGGCGCAGUCGCUACGGGCGCCUUCGCUCGCAACGAUAAAGAGUCUAGCCGACUACAACUUCAGCUACACCAGCUCUCGGGAUGCCUUCGGGUAUGCGACGCUCAAACGCCUGCAGCAGCAGAGGAUGCACCCCUCUUUGUCUCAUUCAGAAGCUCUGGCGUCUCCAGCAAAGGACGUGCUCUUCACUGACACAAUUACAAUGAAAUCUGGUAGCCUGGACUCCCGACUAACACCUAACAGAUUCAUGAGAGCUUUAAGUUAUGCCUCCUCGCUAGACAAAGAAGACUUAUUAAGUCCUAUUAACCAAAACACGCUUCAGCGUUCCUCUUCUGUUCGGUCCAUGGUGUCCAAUGCUACUUUUGGCUGCUCUGACGAUUACAUUGGCCUGGCCCUCCCAGUGGACAUUAAUGAAAUAUUCCAGGUCAAGGAAACUCCUUAUUUCCAGAAGAAAACGGUGCCUUCCUCUGAUGAACGAGGAGCUCGAGUUUACCCCCAAGACGCUGGAGGUAUUCCAUGCGGUUCUACAGAAUUAGUAAAGAGUCCGUUCCAGAUACUUCGACAGCAGAUCAGCCUAACAGAGAUUAUGAACACAAGCCGCUCAGAUGCCUCUCAGUUCCUUGAAAACAUGGAGGACACUGGGCUCCAAGAGCACACAGAAGAUAAUUGCCUUUAUUGUGUCUGCACGUAUAUUCUGGGCUAUCAGCAUAACAACAAGGUCAACUCUACUUUGACUCACACAGAUUUUUCAGACAUUCCUUACUCGGACUGGUGUGGAAAGUCCAUGCAUAACCACCUGGAUGUGGUUUCCCAUUCCUCAAAAUUUUCCGGGAUUUCAGGAUGUAGCGAUGCUGUGUCCCAUGGCUCAGCUAGUAGCACCAAGAGUACAGAUCUUGUCAUAGGAGUAAAGUCCAUUCCAGAUGACACCCCAGUAUGCCGCAUCUUACUGAGGAAAGAAGUAUUGCGAUUAGUAAUCAACUUGAGUAGUUCGGUUGGAACCAAGGGCCACGAAACGGGACUCUUGACAAUUAAAGAGAAGUUUCCCCAAGCAUUUGACGACAUUUGCCUUUACUCUGAAGUGUCCUACUUGUUAGCUCACAGCACAUUUCGAUUACCGUCUCGAAGGUUCAUACAGGAGCUCUUUCAAGAUGUACAGUUUGUACAGAUGCACGAAGAAGCAGAAGCUGUUCUAGCAACGCCGGCAAACCAACAAAUGGCUGACCUAUCAACUGAGUCCUGACCUCUCAUGUGCCCUGAGCGCGGUAAAUAUGAAGCUGCUGGAUAGCCCUGGAUGACUUCCAGUUGACUGGUUGCUGACGAGAGAAGCCUGAAUCGUUCAAGAAGUUUCUGGUACGUGGAACUGGAGCUACGGAGCCUUUCCUCAAUGGAGCCUGCUUCCUCCGCCACCUGAGCCCUUUGGGGGAAUUGUUAAAAGAGUGAAAGUAACAAUUGCCAAGAUACGCAAGAAGAACCAAGGACCGAACACUUGCAAAGGUUUUCAUUUCACUUUUAAAAGAAAAUGCAGCAUCGUAUCGAUAGAAGACAAUACGCGGGGACGUGUUUUACGUGGCUGACUUUUGACUUAACAGAGAGUGAUGCCUUGCUUGAUUAAUUCCUGAAUCUCGGGAGUCAGGGUUUCUGAGGCCAUAUCCCGUUGUUGUCAGUGGCACAUGCUCUAAGCAUAGACAUCAGGGGGUUAAGAAUGGGCGGGCCUUCUGUGAUAUUUUUCUUAAUUUUUGUAAACACUAUUUGGGAAAUUUCUAAUGUGGGGGGGUGGGGAGAGAGAGAGAGAGAAUAUCCUCAGUUACCUGGGGCAGUCUUAAGUUAUUUUUUAUUGUUGUUACGUUAACAAAGGAUUUGUGUUUAGCUGUCUGUUCCAUUUUGUUGCAGUUACAUGUAAAUGAUGUGGUGACUGAAUCAAUCAAGAAAUUUCACUACAGUUUGAUUUUAAACAAACCAAUCAUCUUAUCAAUCCCCUGGAAUCAGAUCUUUUCUGUACAUAUAAUUGCAGGUCUUUGGAAUGGGUUUUUCUACAUUAACACUCAUCCAGUAUGUAAAUUGGUUGUCUAAAUGUAAACCUUUAACAAGCAUGACUUCUGUCAGACCAAGGUGCAUACUUUAUCCAGCAGAAUGAAGACAUAUAUUCCCAUUGCUGCUUUUGAUCAGGAAAGGAAGAUUCACACAAUUGUUUCCACAUUCCAUGGCUUUACAUUUCUCUUAACCACUUUGUUUCAGUCGUACCCGUGAAAGGUGAACACCAGUAAUUGCAGUGAAAAGCCUUAAACCUGCCAUGUUGAAGUAGCCGUGAGUUUACUUUAACCCAGUGUUCUUUCAGAGAUCUUUUGCACAGAUUACAUGACGGUGAUAUUGUAUAGGUCAGUUCUCCUUCCAUAUCCUUAGCGAGCGGUUCUUAAAUUAAAAGAAGCAUGAACAUGGAACCGAGAUGUUUUGUCCCAGACCAAAAGAAGUCAAAGCCUCCUGUAGCAUCAAAUUAAACUGAUAUAUGCAAUCAUGUAAUAUACAAAAACCCAGUUGCUUUCAUUGUAAAGGCAGUAAUGGAACGGUGAUACUUUAUAAUGUCUUGUGUAUGAAAAUAGUUCAGCUGGACUGUACUGGGAAGAAAAUGUCCAUUGAUUCCACCAUUCUUUCCUUUCACAUUUUAAAAAUAAACACAAGGAUCCUUUUCUCAAUCUGGAAUUUGCUCAAGUUCGCAUAUUCCUUAACUGCUGUCGUUUCUGUGUUAGGAUCUGGUUCAUAUGGCUUAGUCCUUUAUGAAAUACAAUGUUCUUGUGUUUGUCCAUACUUAAGGUUUUGCUCCACAGCGGCUAAUGGAAAGGAGGCAGGCUUCUAUUUAAAAAGUAGGAAAAUCAUCACUAGAAGUACUUGGUUCUUCCCUAUAGCAUCCCGCCAACUUCAACCUGAGCUGAUGGUUGGCAAAUCAUUCCAGCAGCAUCUUUGACCUAGUCUUAAGAGCUUCUUAUUACGGUGCUUCCUGAAUCUCUUUAGGGUGGGUUUUCUAGUCCUCGCUCUAGUUCAUUUUGCUGGGCAGGUGAAGAAAUGAGCGGUUGCUUGUCAAAGUCAUUCCUGACUCUUCAGAGUCUUAAUGAUGCAGCGAGUUUUCUCCCAUCUUGGGUCACCGCCUUGGACCAUUUGAGAGGCCUGCCUGUUGUUGUGUUUGUGGUCUGAGUCAUGAGAGAAUAAGUAUAGUUGUGAAUUGAAGAUUUUUGGCAUUGCUCAUGAGCAGGUUCCUUCAGAGUUAGAACACUGACCAAUUAUGAGCAGACUGUUACAUGGUUACUGUUUGAGUGCAGACUUCCCCCCAACCAGGAAGCUGAGAAAUCUAAUCCGAGAGAGUCUGCACUAGAGACCACAUCUCAGGGUAAUACUGUGAAAUGCAUGGCCACACCUAGUGGGCGUUUGGCAGUUUCUCCUCUUCCAGAAGCACCACCAAACACCAUUUAUUAAGGAGCCAUCGAGCAACUCCAUUCAUUUGUAGGCUUGCUUAUUUCAUCCAAAACCAUCCUCAAGACGCUAAUUAUAAUGCUGGGUUAUGUGGAAAAAGGUACAAAUUUGCAUCUGCUUUAUCCCAAGAAUGAUUGUAUCCAAGCACCAUCUAUGUAAUGUCAGUCAUGGUUGUUCACAUCUGGGGUCUCUAGACGUUGCAGAUCCAACCAGUCAGGACAUUUUUAGUGCUUAUAGGUGGAUGCUUUUGAAUGUUUUUUUGGCCAUCUUUCUAAACAAGACGACGAUCCCUUAAAGCAUGGGGAUUCAACAGCUUUGGGGAGUGAUUGUCUUUGCUCUGGAGAAGCAGAUCUCUUGCACGUUGUCCAGGUUUUUCCAGUCCUGGGUUCUGUGCAGGAUGGAACCAAAGGAUAUUGUGGUGGACAUGAUUGUUCCAUGUUGGUGUUACAGGUUUUAGUUUCUCAAACGGGAUCAUGGUUAAGAUGACAGAUUCAGGUGGAUGUUCUUCAGCAGGGCUGGUUCUUACAUACUAAUCCAUAGAAACCCAACUCUGAAGCGUGGAAGUUGAGCAGGAAAAUAGUACAGAGUGCUGAACUCUUUUAGUUAUUUUACCCUUUCAGUAGUUCAAAGGUUGUGUGAGUAGACUGUUAUACCACUUCCAUAUCUUGGUGCCAGUUGCAUAGUUUGCACCCAGCACAAGCAAAAAUUCGACAUGUUUAAAUGUCCUCCAAGACAAUGUCAAAUAGCAGCUUUAGCGAGUGUCCUUUUCUAUGAUCCUCCUUGAGCAAUCUCUGUGCAGCCCCAUGUUUCAAGGUUGCUAAUAGCAAAGUCUUAUCGUCUUUCCAGUGAUCCACAUGUCUCUUCCUUUGACUGGAUAUUCUAAAAGCUCUGAUCCGAGCUUCUUUCAAGGUCCCCCUUCAUAUAUACCAAGAUAAACCUCUAGAAAAAGAGAAGGUUGUUGAACUGUGGGCCCUUUCUGGUCUCAUUCUCACUCCAUGAUUUAAACCCAGAGUGAAUUCUUCUGUUUAAAGGUUAGUGUAGCAUGUCCCAUAUAUCUGGAGUGGCGGCAGAGGGGCCUUACCUGUGAGUUAACCCACGAAAAGCAUGUCUGGUGUUCAACCAGCCCUUCCAUUCCAGAAGAAAGAAAAUAAUUAGCACCAGAGCCUGUAUCACCUUACAGCUCCCCAACAAAAGGUUUUAUUUAAAAUAAAUGGUAACAUCAAACAUUUCUUUGGUAGGGUUGAGGACCAUAAACAAAAAAAGAAGUAGGUAUAUUCAUUCAGACUGGUAUUUAGGCUCUUAAAUGGUCCUAUGACCGACCGUGAGGUGUUUGGGUCCCUGCCUAGAAUCCCCGUGCGUUCCUAGGGUCACCCUAAUUUUAUAUUUUCAGUAGCCCUGACAGGUUUUUGGGCUCAGACCCCUUUUCUGGAGUCCCCCUCACCCCAACUCUCCUCAGAGAAAAAGACUCUCCACAGCACUUCAGCUGCCUCCUUUUCUUCUCCCAGGCCAUUCCCCCCAGCCACUCAGGACUGGGCAGGACUUAACUAUUUCAGCACAGUUUCUCACUGGAAACCACUUCCCAAAUAUGGGCAUUUGUCACAUCUUCUUCCAUCUGAUCACUCGUGGUUUAAGGAACUGAGGUCAUAAGAGGUUCAACAUCUUCCUUCCCUCAUAAUCACCUGGUUUACUUUUUUAUAUUCUGCAGGGGUGUUAUCAUCUAGGGGUUUUUUUCGGGGGGGAGGCUAAUUUAUUCUGUUUGCUGCUUUGAAAGCCUUCAACCAGAUGGUUACGAAGGGGGAGUCCUUCUUACAGAGCUCUUGUGUCUUUCCGCUUAUAUUUACUUUCCUUCUCUUGAUCUGUGGAGCAAACCCAUCUAUCAGGAUCAAAGGUCUCCCAAGGAGGACAGUAAGAACUCAACUGAACAUUUCAGCCUUUCUCAAAGUACUAGUUAGCAACACGGGUUUCAUUUAGUCCUGUUGUGUUGCAUUGGAGUUCUUCCAGGGACAUAAGUGGGUGUUCAUGCUGGAAUUUAGUUCCCAGAGUUUUUCCCUACUCAUAAUUGCCCUUAAGGAUUUGGGUAGAAGGAAUGGAGGACAUAACUGCUUGCUUAAUAACUUUAUGAGACUAACAGAAUAGAUUUGAAAAUAAUUCAUAAAUAAUAUCCAUCCAUAUUUACAGAGAUAUUUUGCAAAACCAAAACACGAGUCACCCUAGACCAAAUAGUGGUACAAACUUCAAAGGACUAGCAUAAUAUUCCAAGUAAAGGCAGAAAUAGCUGAUUGUUAGUAGUAGUUGUAAAUGCUACCUCAGUUAGUAUAGAGUAAUAAGAUCUUUAAAUUGGUAACUCUAGUUGGAGAUAAUAACUCUGUAUUUUGCAAUUCUAGUUUCAAAAUGGAAGUAAUAGAUGAGGAUGAGUUUUUAUCUAUAUUUAACAAAACAACGUAUUUAGGUGGUUAAGCUUCUUCACCGCAGGACUUAGUAAUGAGAUAUUACAAAUUGUUAGUGGAAAACACUAGCAAAGCAUGCCCUUCCGAAUUUUUCUAUCACCCCCUUUUCAAACAGCUUUCUGAAUGGAGUGUCAAACUAAUUCAGUGGCAAUGUUACCAGUCACCACUUGAAACGGCAAAAUAACAUCAAAUGAGUUUUUCAAGCAUACUGCUAGAACUCAGCAGAUUUCCAAAUGUGCCGAGGAUGUCACAUACUGGACAUUUCUCACUUAAGUGAUUUGUACCGACUUCUGUUGUCUAACUAAUACGGUAAGGUGAGAAUUGUACUGUGGAACCUCAUGUCUGGGUAGGUUUAUCCACUGGUAACAUUUGGAAUUGAAUUGGCAAAUUUUCACUUCAAGGCCAGUCGCUAGCAUCAUUUUAGAUCAGGGGAGAUGCCAUGUGCAUGCUUCCAAUUCCUGCAUGAAUUACCACCACCCCAGUCACGUAGUGGAUUUUAGUGACAGGCAAGUUCAGCGUCCUUCAAAGUCAACCUUUACAGCCUGUUGCAAAGUGGACAUUGCUUUGGUACACAGAGAGCCCCCUCAGAAUCCUUCCACAGAAAAGAGCAAGGGUAAAUCUCAGGCUUGUAUGUUCUUUGCAGAAGUCUAAUGCCUACACCCCACCCCAGUGGUCCUCACUGCGGGGAAAGUUGAAGAAAGGGCUCUUGAAUACAAGAUCUCCCUUGGACCUUGUAGGGUAAGUCCUGUUAGAGAACGGUGUCCCAGGAGGCUGCAGAUCAGUACAAUUCGCAUUUUCUGCAUUCGCUGUAUUCCAGGUAGAAUUCGUAGGAGUUCUGUUUUCUUUAAGAGAAUUUAAAGGAAGUACUGUUAUCAUGUAGCCAAGCUCUUAGAUUUGGUUCCCGUGGAAGUUCAGUAUCAUAGUUUGAGGUCAGAGAGGUGUGGAAAACCUUUAAAUCUUAUUACUUUGGUAAUUAUUAUGUGAAAAGAAAAAUUGUGUUCCUUUGAGACUGCCUGUUGCAAUAGCGCCCAGUUCCCUGACCCCUCAGAUUCCCCCCUGUACAGAAAACCAUGACCCAGACGAGGGGCCGAGCAUGUUGCGUGUUGCGACCUUUUCCACUUGUGCUUUGCUAUUAUGUUAUGCCUAGAUGCGUGCUAGUGGUGAUGAGAACAUAGCAGAAUCCCGUAGAAAUACUCCUCCCCCCCCCCUAGAAUUGGAAAGAGCCUUAGUGUUGGUUUCACACUUUUAUUUAGGUUUAUCUUUUAAAACUCCAGAUUUGCUACAUAUUUUUGUUAACCAUUUUU